GAGGGUAGGGAGGGGGUGUCAGCUCAGCCCACCGCGGCCUUAUCCCCCCUCACUCCUCCCACCAGUGCGUGGUGCCUCUUAACCCCCGGGAACCUCCCUCCCGCGAAGCAUUGCUCCACUUUGCAGAACACGAGUUGAUGAAAAAAAUACUUCUCGGCCACGGCCAGCCAUGAGCUGUUUGGAUGUUAUGUACCAAGUCUACGGUCCUCCCCAGCCCUACUUCGCCGCAGCCUACAGCCCCUAUCACCAGAAACUCGCCUUUUACUCCAACAUGCAAGAAGCCCAGGAGAGCAGCAGUAGCGCCAGCGCCAGCAGCUCUUUCUCCAGCCACCCCGCGGCCAGCAUCAAGGAGGAGGACUGCAGCCCCGAGAAGGAGCGACCCCCGGAGGCCGAGUAUAUCAGCUCCCGCUGUGUCCUCUUCACCUACUUCCAGGGAGACAUCAGCGCCGUGGUGGACGAGCACUUCAGCCGGGCGCUCAGCCAGCCCAGCAGCUUCUCUCUCGGCAGCGCGAAAGCGGCGCGGAACGCCGGCUCCUGGCGGGAUGGCUCCUUCCCAAUGAGCCAGCGCAUCUUCCCACCAUCCUUCUGGAACAGCACGUACCAACCCUCCUCGGUCCCUGCCAGCCUGAGCAGCCCCCUGGCAGCUGCCGCCCACAGCGAGCUGCCCUUCGCCACCGCCACCGACCCCUACGCACCCGCCUCCCUGCAUGGCCACCUGCACCAGGGUGGCCCUGAGCCCUGGCACCAUGCCCACCACCACCACCACCACCACCACCACCCCUACAUUGGGACACAGAGCACCGCCUACCCUCGCCCCGCUGCCAUGCACGAGGUCUACGGGCCCCACUUUGACCCCCGCUACGGCUCCCUCCUGGUGCCCACCGCCUCCGUCCGCCCCCACCGCCUCACACCCGCCUCUGUGUCCACUCCAGUCAGUCCCCCCUGUGAACUGGGCAAGAGUGAAGCAGGAGCUGCUGCAGCCUGGACGACACCAGGCCCUUUCCCCAACGCAGCGGGGGACAUGGCGCAGAGCAUCAGCCUCAAUGUUGACACAGCUCGCCGUUACUCCUUCUGUGGCGGAUCCCUUCUGAGCUGAUGUGCUGACUCAAAGACUCUCAGAUUCCCCCCUGCCCUUUUCCAAGCCCACCGUGGGCCCGCAGUUCGGGUAAAGACAACGGGACUUAAAAGGACCUGGUAUUGCAAGGACAAUACUUUAGACUUAUUUCGGAAAGGAAAAUCCUUCUGAUGCAAGAGGAGAG